AUGCUUCGUAGAGCGUUACACUCGAGAAGGUCUUUAUGGCCCCACACUAGAAAGUCCUGGAUAAUAUCUUUGUCGUUAGUUUCCAUACUUUUAUUAAUUAUAACUCAUUUUACUUCUCAUGAUAGAGUUAUAAUGGUUCAAUCUAAACAAUAUAAUAAUCCAAUAUCGACUUCAUCCAGAUAUUCAGGAUAUUCUAAGAAUUUGACUUCAAUGAGAAGACCUGUUAGACCAGAACCUUGGGAUACAUUAAUAUCAAAAGUGGAGAUCCCCUUAUUUAACAUGGAACCAGUUUCACCUUUGGAAAUACUACCUCAAUAUGAUGAGGAUAUUAAAAAUAAGAAAUUAAACAAUUGGAAUCCUACAAAAUUGAAACAAUUGAAAAAAUUUGAUCUUUUGGAUGAUUCAAUAAAAUGUAAAUUUUAUUUCAGAAACCUUUUUGCAAUGGAUAUGAAUUGGUCCAAUGAUCUGGAUAUCAUAUCAUUUGAUAUCAAUGAUCAUGAUAAGGAGUUUUAUGAAAAAAUUGAAAAAAAAUUUAAUAUACAAUUAUCUGAAAUUGAUAAAGAAACUGAUUCGGAUUAUUAUAGUAAUUCAACUCGUUAUUAUAAGAGGAAAUAUGAAAUUGGAUUAGCAUUUCAAAGAAUGAGAAUUUAUGAAUCUUGCUUCAUGCACGAAACCCCUCCAAUUGAGCUAUCCGAAAUUUUUAAUUCUAAUAAUGAUACAGAUCUAGAAACCACAAUCUUGACAAAUCUUCACGAGACUUAUUCAGAAAUUUAUUCCAUGGUAGAACAUGACGAUUAUUUGGGUGAUUAUCAACAGAGUAAUUUUAAAGAUUCAAAUCAAUUCGAUUUGGAACAUAGAAUGUUUCCCUUUAUCGAAUCAUUUAGCAAUGCAGAAGAAUUUAAAAACGUAAUACCAAGGAUUAGAAGAAACGCAAAAUUAUUACCAAAUGGUCAUUUACCAAUAUUAAAUUCAGAAAAUAAAACCGAUUCAUAUGAAUUUAAAUAUGACUCAACAAAAUCAAUUUGGUCAAAUUGGCAAUUAAUGAGUUUAGCAAAACGUGGGAUUGUCUUAUCGUUUGCCGAUGAACACAUUACUUGGGCAUUAAAGUUAUUAGCUACUUUGAGAUACCAAAAUACAAAAUUACCUAUUCAAAUUGUUAUGAAAGAUGGUGAAAUCUCUCGUGAAAAUAUUGCCAAGUUAUCUGAUGCAGCUACUGGGUUUCUACAUCUUGAUUCUUCCGAUGUUAAUGCUACAUUUACAGAAUUAGAUUUAUCUUUCAUUGAUGUAACAAAUACUUUGUCAACUAAUUAUAAGAAGUCAUUUGAAAAAUUCAAAAGCAAAUGGGUAGCUACUAUGUUUAACCUUUUCGAAGAAUUCAUUUUCUUAGAUAUUGAUACUAUCUCUUAUGUCGAUAUGGAUUAUUAUUUUAAUACUGAACAAUAUCUAGAUUCAGGCUCUUUAUUCUAUAGAGAUCGUACUCUAACCUUUAAGUUACCUGAAGAAAAAUGUGUAGGUAUUUUUGAAGGGAUAUCUCCAAAAUUAUUUGAAGCCAAAUAUUUCCAUAAUUAUCCAGUUAUUCAAAGGGAAUAUGUUUUAGAACAAUGUGAAAAAUAUUUGACAAUUGAAGAAAUCUUAUUUAGAAGAUUUUUUAAAGAUAAAUUUGCCUUCCAAAUGGAGUCUGGUCUUUUAACGAUAGAUAAAAAUCAACAUAUACUUCCUUUAGUAAUGGGGUCAUUCAUGCAUCUAGCACGAAAAGUUGGAUCUUGUGCUUAUGGGGAUAAAGAAUAUUUUUGGCUAGGCUUUGUAGCUGCAGGUCAUAAAUUUAGAUUUGAUGAAAUGAAUCCUGCUGCUAUUGGUAAAUAUGAUAAAAAGGGGAAGGACUCCGGUGAGAUUUGUGCAAUUCAAUUAGCACAUAUUUCAAGCGAUCAUCAUUUAUUAUGGUUAAAUGGUGGUGGGAAUAACUGUAAAGUGGAUGGUGAAUAUAAGAUAGAUUGGAAAUCAAAUAAUGCAUACGUUCAUGACAAUUUCAAAUCAGAGAAGGAACUUCAAGAUUAUUAUGAAAAGACUCCAGUGCCUUGUGAUUUUGCAAUUAUCUCUGAUGAUAAUGGAGAUUCUUGGGGCCAAAGAUCACACCAUUGCCAUGGCUAUGAAUGGUGUGCUCGUUACUCAAGAGAAUUAAAAGAUUAUUCCUAUUCGGCAAGACAACAUAGGGGUACAUUGGUGGAGUUCUCUAAAGAAGAAAGAGAUUAUAUUUAUUAUUCAAAUGAAAUUUGGGCAAUUUAUGAUCAAGCCUGGACUGGCUCACUAGAAUUAAUUGAUUAA